GUAGCAGAGAAGAAUGAUGGCGUACUUUAAAAUGAUGUCGUUGGCGCUCCUUAUUUCUUUAUCCUCGCUGACAGUUAUUCGCGCCAAAGAAGAAACCAUUUCCCUCGACGGUGAGUUCGAGCCAAUAAGUACGAGCACAAAGUUGGAGGAUGAUAACUCAUCGGAAUUGUUACAAGAUCAAAGUAAAGGCUAUAAUAUAGAGAAGAGACAAAGAUUUCGCCCGAGACCUUACGUUACCACGAUUGCCUGCCCAUAUAGCAUGCGCAAUAGUCCUUCAUGUUGUGCGGGAAAAUUAAUCGACAAGCCUUCAAUAAAAACCUGUUGCCGUGGGGUCAUUGUGCUCAAGGGCCAGUGUAGUCGACGCAUGGGAAAAUGCGGUCACAGUUUAUUUAACCGUAGAUAUGAAAGAUGUUGCUUUAGGCAAGUGAUUCCCAGACGACAGAGAUGUAGACGAAGGCGUUGUGGACGAACGAACUACAUGACUUUCUCCCAUCGAUGUUGCAAUGGUAAAGUAAUACCAAGGGGACAGACUUGUUUUCCAUUUCCUGUAAAGGCCAAGUGUGGCCAAGUUCUCUUCAAUCCACAACAAUACAAGUGUUGCUUUCAACAGUUGGUACCCCUGCAUUCUGCUUGUCCGACACAGUCCAAGUGUGGUAAUGUCCCCUUCAAUCCACAGCAAUACAAGUGUUGCUUUCAACAGUUGGUACCCCUGGAUUCCGUUUGUCCGACACAGUCUAUGUGUGGUAAUGUCCCCUUUAAUCCACAGAGAUAUAAAUGCUGCUUGAGUCGAGUGGUUCCUUUACGUUCCCCUUGUUCGGCUAGGACUCCCUGUGGACACACCUUCUACUAUCCGCAACACCAGCAAUGCUGCAACGGCCAAGUGCUUCCUGCAAGUGCACUCUGUAUACCGUUCAAGUGUGGCGGCCUCAAUUUCAAUCCAAAAAGUCACAAAUGCUGCAGCGGACAAAUUUAUCCCAAAUUCCAGGUAUGUCCUGUUCCGAAUCCCUAUCGACAUCGAUUUUGUGGACGCAACAUCUUCAAUCCUUCGUUUCAACGGUGUUGCCGAAGAAACGUCGUGGCUCCCCUGCGAUCAACCUGUCGUAGAUGUGGCCGUGCCUUUUUUAUCCCAUCUGGUUCUAAAUGCUGCCAUGGAAACCAGAUUGUCCCUAACUUUGUUCGGUGCAAUGCGUAUGGUUCUUUAUUUCUUACUGAAGCUGCUGAGAAUACAAGACCCAGCGAAAGCAAAGAGGAUGAAAGUAACCAACAGGAAAGCGAGGACUUCAUCGACGAAGAAAACCAUGAAGCUGUAGAAGUAAGCAAAGAUUAUAAUGUCGAAGAAAAAUAUCCGGAAGAAACAGAAGACAACUUUGAUGAUGAAGAGGAUAAUCCAAAUGAUACGAAAAGGUCGCGAAUUUUUCUCCGUAAAUGUGGAGGUCAUGCAUACAACCGCUACAAACAGGGGUGUUGCUUUAAACAGCUGAUUCCAUUUGGAGUUAAGUGUAAGAGACUGACAUGCGCAAAAGUACCUUAUCUUUCUUUCAAUCAACAAUGCUGCAACGGCCAAAUAAUACCCAAGACCUCGAAGUGUACACCUCAGACGCAACAGUGUGGCAAACUUCCUUACGAUCCACAGAGUCACAAAUGUUGCUUUGGUCAAUUAAUACCCAUUCAAAUCACUUGUUCAAGGUUGCCCUGUAAAACUUCUGCAUAUGUUUCUCACACUCAGCAAUGCUGCAAUGGUCAAGUCAUUCUUAAGAGCACACCGUGUAAACCACCCACGACGUCAGCACGAUGUGGUAACUUUUACUAUAAUCAAAACACUCAUAAAUGUUGCUUCAACCAAAUUCUACCGAUGAAUGUCCCCUGUACCAGGCUGCCUUGCGGACAAGCAUACCACGUUCCCUACACUCAACAAUGCUGCCACCUAAGAGUCAUCCCUAGAGCUGUACCUUGUCCUCAAUUUCCGACCUCAUUUCAAUGUGGCGGUUUUUCCUACAAUCCACAGACUCACAGAUGUUGCUUUGGGCAAAUUAUACCCUUUCAUGUUCCUUGUACGAGAGUUCCUUGCGGACAAGCCCUCUACGUCCCUCAUAAUCAACAAUGCUGUAAUUCAAAAGUCAUCCCAAAAGCUGUUCCAUGCAUUCCAUCCCCGGUGCCUCUUCAAUGUGGUGGCUUUGCCUACAAUCCUCGGACCCACAAGUGUUGCUUUGGCCAAAUUGUACCAUACCAACUUCCUUGUACUAAACUACCUUGUGGACAAUCUUACUACCUUCCCUAUACUCAACGAUGCUGCCAUUCUCGAGUCAUCCCUAGAGCUGUACCUUGUCCGCAAUUCCCGACCUCAUCCCAAUGUGGUGGCUUUUCCUACGAUCCACAGACUCACAAAUGUUGCUUUGGGCAAAUUGUACCCUUCCAUGUUUCUUGUACAAGACUUCCUUGCGGACAGGCCUUCUAUGUACCUCAUACUCAACUAUGCUGCAGUUCUAAAAUCAUUCCGAAAACUGUACCUUGUGUUCCAUCCUCUGUUUCUCCUCAGUGUGGUGGUUUAGGCUUUAAUCCACUAACCCACAAAUGUUGUUUCAACCAAAUACUGCCCAUCCAUGUUCCUUGUAUCAGACUACCUUGCGGACAAGCUCUAUACGUCCCGUAUAGCCAACAAUGUUGCCGUGGUCAAGUUAUUCCAAGAACCAUUCCAUGCACGCCAUUUCCGACCCACUUCCGAUGUGGUGGUUUUUCCUACGAUCCUAUUACCCACCGAUGUUGCUUUGGUCAGAUAGUGCCUUACCAUAUUUCAUGUAACCGAUUGCCCUGUGGCCAGGCUCUCUAUGUCCCUCAUACCCAGCAAUGUUGCCAUGCUCAAGUUAUUUCCAGGACCAUACCUUGCUCAGGAUCCCCAAAUCCAAACCAGUGUGGAGGCCUUCCAUACAAUCCACAGAUUGAGAGCUGUUGCUUUGGGCAGAAAGUACCCAUCCAAGCCUUCUGUACCCGACUGCCAUGUGGACAGGCUUUCUUCGUUUCUCACACUCAGCAAUGCUGCCACGGCCAAGUCCUUCCCAAAAAUACACGAUGCUCUCCAUAUCCGAUUCCUUCCCGGUGUGGGGGCAUUUCUUUUAGUUCAAAGACACAAAAAUGUUGCUUUGGUCAAAUAAUUCAUCACCAACUUCCCUGUUUCAGGCUCCCAUGUGGCAAUGUCUUGUACGUUCCUCACACUCAAAAGUGUUGCAACUCUCAAGUCGUUUCCAACCGUGUACGGUGUUAAUUUCAUUCAAUUCCGUUUGAGGAAGAGAUUUUUUUUCAUCUUUGGCCUAAACUUGCAUAACAGAUUUAUUCGCUGAUUACAAAAGGGUAAAGGGAUUCUACUUUAAGGGUCAGGUAUUUUUAAGAAUACAUUAUCAGUAAGAGCGGAUGAUUGAUAAUGAAAACAUUGGUGGACAAACCAUGUUUUUAUUUUCACUAAUGUGACUGUUUGUAAGUAACUUCUAUUAUCACGCAAAAAAAUUA